CACCUUUUUUCUUCUCUGUGUGGAAACUUGGGUGUUAAUGGUACUGAAGCAGGUCAUGUUUUUUAAGGAGCAAGGCUGUCGCUCAGAGUGGAGGGAAAGGAGAGAAGGGAAAGGAGCACUGCAACACCUGAAGAUGGAAAAUUGGUCAGUUGAUCAAGUCUGCAACUGGCUGAGACAGAGAAAUUUAGGAGAGCUAGUUCCUAAGUUUCGUGAAGAAGAAGUAAAUGGAGCAGCUCUUCUGGCUCUUAAUGAUCGUAUGGUGCAGCAGCUGGUGAAGAAGAUUGGGCACCAGGCAGUGCUGAUGGACCUGAUUAAUAAAUACCAACAGCAAAAAAGUGGGCUAGAAUCCCUUACACACUGUUGUGAAACAGCUCAAAAAUUUCCAGAAGUAAUCAGUGGGGCUACCAAUGGACAGAUGUUAAAUUCUUCAUGUCCUGUGGAGCAAGAAAAACAUCUGUGCUUGGCUGAAAAUGAAGAACUAAUUGAUCACAGAGUGCUAAAGCAAAAAAAAAAUCUGAAAUCAUUUUUUGCAAGAUACAAGACGUUGCAGUGGACAAGUUCUUAUGCUUUGCCAGACUUCCCUUAUGAUGUCAAGUGCAUAUUAGCAGAAAAAAAAUGCCCUGAUCACAGUAUGAGAAUAAGGAUAAUUGAAUUUUUACAAGCAGACAUGACAAAAUACCUAGAAGGAUCACUGUAUCCGAACAGUCAGCAAUAUAACAUUGUUGUCAAUGCUCUGCUGCAGGCGUACCCGUUCCUUGAUGAAGAUGGGAAGGGCUUUCUGCUAUGGAAACGGGCCCUUAAAGAUCGUUUCAAGUAUGUGCGGAGACCCAUUGAAGAUGAUGAGCAAGUCCUGAGGAACAAAUGCAAGUUUGGCCACAGGCGAGGACAGACCAGGAAAUCUUCAUUUGCUGAAAACAAACCUGAUGAUGUCCAGGUGCAGGUAGAGGUCUGGAAGAACAGCUCAGCCUUGUGCGGACUAGAAGCCAACACAUCACGAUUAUUUAAGGAAGAACCUAUUCCUCUUGAAGGCAGUGCAAUGGAUGUACAUAUUAAGUGGCUUAAGCAAGAAUAUAUGAAAACUCAGAGGAACUGGAAAGAAGUGGAUAACAGAAUGAAUGUGACAAUAGAAAUACGGAGAAAGAUGAUACGAAAUAAGGCACCUUUAAAAGACAUUCUUAGACUAUUUCCCUUCCUAAAAUGCCCUUAUCAGCUUUUUAGGGAGUUCCAGCUUCUCACGCAAAUGGACAUUUAUAAGAAAACAGUUGAGAUUUUGGAGAUUUAUUCAGAAAACAUAUUAUCUUUGUAUGUGGUGAGGAAUAAUCCAAUUAACAUUAUGCUGCAAGAAAAUCUGAAGCGGCACACAGAGGAAGACAUUCUGAAAUAUAUGAAAAUGACUGCUGCAUGUUUACUCCUGCCGGAUGUCUUUGGAGACGAUUCCAGUCUGUUUGCUGCUGUGAACGAGGAGGUAAAGGUGGUGACACCAGUGUUGGAAGUAAAAAAUCCCUUCAAUGUGAAUUCAUGUGAGUUUGCGCUGUAUGUACAAAGAGAAGAGCUAGCCCAGCUCGAUGACUGCACAAUGGCCCUGGCAGCACUGGUGGCUGCAUUUCAUGUCUUCGAUAUCCCAUGCCCAAAGAGAAUCCACAGGACGCUGAACUUCCUGGAGUCCCUGGUCUUUGAGGUGAGGAGCCCAGCAUCCCUGCCCACCCAGGUAAAGAGAGGGCUGGAAGCACCAGAGUAUCCCGGUAUCUGAUGGUGUACACAGCGCUCCUCUCGGGAGCAUUUGACAUUCUGUCAAAAUAAAUCCCUUUGUUGUGAAGAUAAAUCAGUGCCAUUCUUUCUGGUGAAAAUGUCUGUAUAUUUGUAAUAGUUAUGUUUAAUAAUGCCCCCCCUUUUUUUUAAUUGUACUCGUUACUUUUAAAAAAAUUAAAACCUAAGCAUUUUCAUUAUUUUAAAUGGAAAUUCUAAAGCAGUCUAGAGACAUUACAGACAAUAAACUUUUUUAGAUUACUGCA